CUGAAGAAUUCUAUAUGGGCUGGCCAGCACCAGGUGGCUCCCUGGGAACAGAAACUGCCUUACUCCCAUCCCACCUUCAGCCACACCAUGAUUCCAGAUGCUUCUGCUGCUUAAAGGCAGGAGUCUGUAACCACAGAGGCCCCUGCCAGCAUCUCCUGAACAUCUGUGUUGAUCCAAGACAAGCGUCAUGCCAGUUCUACUAUAUGGAAUGGUUGAUAACUGUUGAGAGAAAUGCUUCAGUUCUGGCCUUCAAAAGUGAUGGCAACAUGCUUUGCUCAUCAAAUCCCAAACUCACCCAGCAUCCCUGGAGGAGUGGCUAAUUCAGCUUGAAAUACCCAAGACUCCAGCUACUAGUAUGACGGAUAUUUCCUUAAAAUAAAGCUACAAUAAGAUCUACGUUUUACAAAGUAAUGAUAACAUAUAUCUCAGCUGUGUUGCCAGUAUCCAGAGAAUGGAAUGAGACAUGAACGUGCUUUAAAGAGGCCCAAACCAUGAGACUUCUAUAUGGAGUCCACUGUCAGAAAAGAGGCCAAGUUUCUAUCACUAUGGUGGAUGUACAGUGUCUGAGUGACUAUGAACUGCACAAGCAACUUACAAAACUUGGAUUUACACCUGGCCCAAUACUACCUUCCACCAGAAAAAUGUAUGAAAAAAAGUUAGUGCAAUUGUUGGUCUCACCUCCCUGUGAACCACCUGUCAAGAGGAGACCAAGAAAGCUUCUUGGAUCUGAGGACAGCAAUGACUAUGAAGAUCCAUCAGUAAAUAUAAUUUUGAAAGGAAAUAUCAAAUUCUCAAAAGACAAAGUCAAGGAAUGCAAAAACAAACCAGUUCCUGAAAUGAAACGGCAGCAGGCAGACACAAGGAAGCCAAACUCUGAUUGUAGAAACUGGAAGAUGCCAAUAAGGAGACCCAAGGCUUCUCCUGGUGAAAGAAGAGUCGUAGACACCUGCUGCCUGAGCCAGAAACCCACAAAGGGAGUCAGGUAUGCUGCAAGACCGUGCCCGAAGAUCAAGUGUGGGUGUGUUGCCAAAGAGGACUACUGCCAAGAGGACAAGAGCCCCAAGAGCCUCUUCCUAUACCAGAACCCCUGGAACAGCUUCCUAUGCCAGAACCUACAGAAUAGCUUCCCAUGGAGCUUGAAGCUGGCCAUCCUUGGCAUUUUCAUCAUCGUAUUGUUUGUCUACAUAACUGUAGAAAAGAAGCCGCUCUUGAGUUAAAUCCUUUAGGAGCAAAGCAGCAUGUGCAGCAUCCCGGACCUUUAGCCGGAAACACAGAUCUUUGCAGAAGGGCCAUGGCUACAGCCAGGCAGCAUCUCCCUGGAUAUGCUAGCUCUCAUGGCUGUAUCUGGGUUAAGCCAGGUGGAGGAGCAAGGGCAGAACCAGGCAGCAUGCUAGGUGCAUGAUGGUCUGUAUGUCAAGUAAACCAUCAUUACAGGUGCUAAUAAAUCAGAGAGCUCUUCUGUAAAAGAAACUACGUGGGCCUCCCUCCCCUGUUUCCUCUUACCAGACAAAAAGGCUUCACAUUGUUAUGACUGAGACCAUGUGCUACUACAGAGCAUAAAAACAAAGAGAUAAUUAUAUUCUUAAUAAAAUGUGUCCAAAUGUCCAGACAGUGGUGACAUUUCCAGUUUGGCAUGGUGAUGACAGUGACCUUGAUAUAGCAUAAACCUGUUCCUCCUCAGCUGCAAUCCAGCUUUGAUUUCUCUAUUUUCUGUUGGCGCUCUGUGAUAUGUACAAAAAUGUCUGUUUGUCCCAGAGAGGGCACAGAGGAAACAUACACACACACACAAACACACACACGGCUAGGAAUCCAGUCUAACUCUGCGAACCGAGUUUCUUGUGAUUAUUGACAAAAAGGGAGUCCUUUUCCCAGCACAGGUGAGGACUCAGGAAGGCUGGCUUCUGCAGCUCCUGUACAAUGUGCAGGAAGCUCCACAGAGAGUCCCUUCUCUCCUGCAG